UACAUAUUAUGUAUCAAAACAUUGUUUUUUUUUUUUUAUUAAAAUUGUGUAUAUGUGGAUGAUUCACAUUUGUUUUGCCUAAAAAUGUCACCUAAGUUUUUUAUCAAUGGUUUACGAUUGUAGACACUGAUUAAACCGAGGAAUACAGUUUUGUUUUAACCAUCAUUAUGGCAUACCAUACAUUAAGACAAGAAUAUAUGCAGAUGCCACCAGUGACUAGGGCUUACACGACAGCCUGUGUGUUAACUACCUUAGCUGUUCAGUUAGAUGUAGUUUCUCCAUUUCAAUUGUACUUCAAUCCAUUAUUAAUUUUAAAACAAUUUCAAAUAUGGAGAUUGAUAACCACCUUUUUAUUUUUUGGAAAUAUUGGUUUUAAUUUUCUUUUCAACAUGAUAUUUACAUAUCGUUAUUGUCGUAUGCUUGAAGAAGGCUCAUUUCGAUCUAGAACAGCUGAUUUUGUAAUGAUGUUUUUGUUUGGUGCUACUUUAAUGAUUGUUUGGGCAUUUUUUAUCAACUUAUUAUUUCUAGGACAAGCAUUAACAAUUAUGUUAGUGUAUAUUUGGUCUCGAAGAAAUCCUUAUGUCAGAAUGAAUUUUUUUGGUGUAUUAAAUUUUCAGGCUCCAUACUUACCAUGGGUGUUACUUGGUUUUUCAAUUCUAUUGGGAAAUACACCAUGGGUAGAUUUGAUGGGAAUUGCUGUUGGUCACUGUUAUUACUAUCUAGAAGAUGUGCUUCCUCAGCAUAGAGCUAAUGUUAAAGUUAUUAAGACACCCCAAUUCUUAAAACAUCUUCUUGAUCCUGCACCAGAGGAAGAUCAUGUUCCACCUCCAGAAUUUCGUCCUGGAGGGUUUAAUUGGGGAAAUGGAGCCGAAGUUCCACCUGAAGGUCACCAAAAUAAUUAA